UACAUUUUUAUAAUAAACGUAAAAAUUAUUAUUAUUUCUCGAAUAAGGAGAAAUUGUUUAUGAAAAUUAAAUUGUAUUUGGGCAAGGCGCCAAAAUUGCUGUAUAUCGACGAAACCACAUAAACCAACACACCUGGUGCGGAUUCGUCACAAUGAAAUUUGACGCACGCAGCUCAAACUAAGUAUCAGGAUGUAGUGCCUCGUGAAUUACAGCACUCGAGUGUAAAAUUACGUUGAUUCAGAAAGCGGAAGUGCAAGUGUAGUGGAAAAGUAUAAGGAUGAGUCUGACCAAGAAGGCCAUAGGGGGAUCCAUUCACAGGAUACGAGAAUUUGAAUUGGAAAAGGUAAAUCUAGUUGAUGAAUUUGACAUUCUUCAAAUUGUCGGCGAAGGUUGGUUUGGAAAGAUUUUAUUGACUGAUCAUCGUAGCACUCAAACGGAAAUGGUUUUAAAAGCUCUGCCAAAGGCUUACACCAGUAUUUCGGAUUUUUUUCGAGAAUUCCAUUAUGGACUUCAUCUAUCAGCUCAUAGAAAUAUCAUCACCACUUAUGAUAUUGCAUUCGAAACGGCUGGUUUUUAUGUCUUCAGUCAAGAGUAUGCACCACUUGGAGAUCUUACGUCGAACGUGACGGAAACUGGUCUCGGGGAAUUACACGCAAAAAGAGUAGCGAGACAAUUGGCCGCUGCAGUUCAUCAUAUUCAUUGUCGAGAAUUAGUUCAUCGGGACAUUAAACUCGAUAAUAUUCUUAUUUUUAAAAGUGAUUUUUCACGAAUAAAACUUUGCGAUUUCGGUGAAACGAGACGAGGGAAUACAGUUGUUCGUAGACAUAACGAAUGGCUGCCUUAUUCACCACCGGAAGUGUUGCAGUUAGAGACUGACGAAACUUACAGAGCACUUACGGCCCAUGAUGUUUGGCAAUUUGGCAUCGUACUUUUCGUUUGUUUGACUGGUUGUCUUCCAUGGCAGAAAGCGGCGACUGACGAUCCUCGAUAUACUAGAUACUUGAACUGGCAUUCAGCUACUCUCAAUAUUGCCAAGAAACCAAAAUUGUUUCAACUAAUUAGUUCGCGAGCGCAAAGACUAUUCAAAAGACUGCUAGAUCCUAAGUUGGAAAAACGACCUGUUAGUGUGCUUGAAGUCAAUAAGUACGUGGAAGAUAGAUGGUUAGCGAAAUUAGGAGCAGAAAAAGCUUUAAACGGUGGCGCAGACGAAAGGGACGAAUUAUGUCCCUCGAUGUACAGUUUUCACAGUUCUCUCGAGGAAAAAAAUCAACUUCUUUAUACACUCACGCGUUAUGGAAUUGAAACGACUGUCGAUCGUUCAAAGAAGAAGGACAGAAUUCGUGAGUGGAUUCAAUCAAGUGCAAUAGUCGAGGAGAAUGAGGAGGAAUCUGAGAAUGAAGAUUUCGAUGAGGAAAUUGUUGACGAUGAAAUUGAAAAAAAUGAACAACAAAAUAUGAAAGGAAGACAUUUUCCAGAGAGACGUUUAAGUGUCGAUACAACAAAGAAGAAGACAACAACAACAACAACAACAACAACAAAAAGAAUGCCAAAAAUAAUUAAUAAUGAUAGUUCAAGAAAAAAUGUCAAUGAAAUAAAUAGAAAAAAAAUGACCAGUAUCAAUAGAAAUGAAUUGUUAAAUAAAAAUAAUUCACUAAUUUCAUUAUCGAAACCAGUUGAGAGGAAAAUUCCGUUUGCACCGCAAGUUGCUGAGGAGAGGAGAAUUGUUGCGAAAUUUGCAAGUUUUCCCAAUGGAGAUCCCACAUUGGCCUUUCAAGGGAAUGGGGUCGAUUCGAAUGUUGAUACAAGAAUCGCCGGAAGUCAGUCUUUGAUAAAUAAAUCCAACUCCGAGUUCAAUGAGUUAACUAUCUCUAAUGUCAAAGUUUAUCCAUUUAAUAAUGAGCAAUUGAGGAAAAUCGCUACAGACUCAUCGAGUAGCAGCGAUAAGGAAACAAUUAGUCAUUCUCAACUUAAUGAAGCAGUGGUCAGUCAUGAACGAAGCGGAACUUCGAGCGAGGCUUCCGGCUCAAUACGUGGUCCAAGUUUAGAGUCGUCGAUUUCGGCACCGGCUGUUGAAGAUGCGAUUAUUGAGCAUCCUGUGCCAACAAGUCCUCAGGCGCCAGUCAGAAAGCAUCGGUCGCAAACAACUCCAUUUCCGGCGCCGAUUUCCCAUCUCGAUGGAAGUCGAAUCGAAUCAUUGCCAGCGAGACGGACACGUUCCGCACAAAUUCUUCAAAUUGCCGCUGAACAAAAAUCAAAUGGAAAAUUACAAUCGUCCCAAAGAAAAUCAUCAAACACAACGCAGCAUAAUGCAAUGACAGCGACAUCGCAACUCGUCAUGCAGAGUUUCAGUGCCAUGCAACAUUUAAAUCAGACACCCAAGGCAAUAAAGCCCAAUAUUCAUGAAAGAAGUUUGAAUCGUGAAAAGUCGAAUGUAACUUACGGAAAAGACGCUUAUGAACAUUAUGGAAUUGCGCAUGGCGCUAUUGCAAAAUCAGAUAUCAAAAGAGGUGGAGGUUCAAAUAGUGGCAGUGGAAGCAGAUCUGUUAGUAAUUGAAUAAUUCAAGUGAUUUAUGGGUAAGAAAUUUCACAAGAUGAGAAAUUUUUUUUUUUGUAAACUUUCUAUUCUUAUGUAUACUAUUAUCGUACGAGUGAAAUUAUUUUUUAUUUUUUGUUCGUUUUUUUUUCGUCGCAACUUUUAAUUUCUUUUCUCUAGUUAUUAGUUAAUUUUUCAAUAUAUAGUUUAUGGAAAUUUGUCGUCUAGUUUAACUUAUUUUUCUAUUAUUCUUAGUAAAUUUUUUGAUUAAUGUAAAAAUUUUUGAAUAGUUAUGGGGAAUUUUUUCGUAUA